AUGAGUACAGGAAUUGCGCGUGUGCGUCUCAUGGAAGAGCGUAAACAAUGGAGAAAAGAUCAUCCACAUGGGUUCUGGACCAGACCUAUUAAAAACGAAGAUAAUACACUUAAUUUAUUACAUUGGAGGUGUGGUAUACCUGGAAAGGAAAAUACUCCUUGGGAGAAUGGAAUCUAUAAAAUCGAUUUGAUCUUCCCUGAAGAAUACCCUACAAAACCUCCCAAGUGCAAGUUUACUCCGCCCCUUUUUCAUCCAAACAUCUAUCCAUCUGGUACAGUCUGUCUCUCUAUAUUAAGUGAAGAUGACGGCUGGAAACCGGCUAUCACCAUCAAACAGAUACUUCUUGGUAUCCAAGAUUUGCUCAAUGAUCCCAACCCUGAUAGUCCCGCUCAACAUGAAGCAUAUGAAUUGUUUAGAAAGGAUAAAAAGGAGUAUGAGAAAAGAGUGAAAGAACAGGCAGCACGAAACCGCCCUGAAUAA